UUGCCCCCCUCCCGCUUCCGAUUAAUCAGCUCUCAGCUCGCAACGACAUCAUCAUCACCUCCAUCAUCAUGCUUUGCUUGCUUGCUCUAGUUAAUUAAUUAAUAAUCAUUAUCAGAUCACCCGGCUAGCUCGGCUCUCUUCUUCUUCAAUUCCCUCUCCUUGCCGCCUGCCACAGUAUAUAUAGAGACUACAAGCUCCAACGCCAUGGCUCAAACUGUUCGUUUGCAGCUGGUAGCUUAAUUUUCCUUCGCAUUUCACACUUUAAUCCCCUGCGAAUCCUCACGUACACUCGCUUAGCCGUGGAUAUAUUCACAUACAGAUAUUGCACUGUUGAUCAUUUCUCUGUCGACCCCCUGCUCCUGUUCUUGCCUAGCUUGCUCUUAUAUAUGGCCGGUUCAUGGGUGCGCACCAUCACGUCGCCGUUCCGCAAGGUGUUCGGCGCGCAGCCGCACAAGGACGGCGGCAAGCGGCCGCAGCAGCCAAACUCCGGGAUGAUGGUGCAGCACGUCGUGGUGGACGCCGAGAGAUCGAAGCUGCACGGCGAGGUGAUGGCGUGCGCGUACGAGGACGUUCAGGUGAUGUGGGAUAUGCUGGACAAGGCCAGGAUCCGUGAGUUCAAUAGCAGCUAGCUGUUAAUGCCUUGAUGGAUGGUCGUUGGUCACCGAUCAAAAUUAUGCUUCUGUUUGAUCAAAUUUCAAGAGGAUACAUCGAGCAUGAAACCGGUGUAUAUAUAGCAAGAUCGAUGGUAAUCUCUUCUUGGCCGUGCCGAUUGAUCGACUCCAUUCAUUUCGGGCUUAGUUUUGAUCCCUGUCGGUGAUGAUUUCUAGCUACCUGCGGAUCCAAUCGUCAUGUCGUCGCGUCGCAGUUCUGUGUUUGGUAUGUGCAGUAGAAAGCUAGUAUAGCUUUUGGUUGGUAAAUCUCUGCUCGACGGACGAUGUGAGAAUCCCCAUUGGCACUCUUUUGGUUGAGGUGCUGAAUUGGAGAGAUGUAUAUUUUUGUCACCCGCUGGACCUGGAAUCUUUACCAUUUCAACCAA